CGUAAGUUCCUCUACUUCAUUGUAGUUCCGCUCCACGCAAAACACCAUACAGAUCGUUUGAUGAUGAUACUCAGUUUCGUCCUGCUCAGGUAGUUGCAAAUGGACUUUCUCACUUUGUUUGGUAUAUAUGUGGCGGUGGUGCUCACCUGCAUUGCUCUGGUUUGCAAGUAUUCAGGACAUCAACAGACACCUCUCGGCCGGCUUUUGGACACAGUCAUAGGUGUUGUCUCUCCAUGGAUCCCUCAAUGUCUGCAAAGCAUUUGCUACAGUGCUUUGCACAGAUUAUUUCAUCAGAGGAACAACCUCUUCCUUUACAUGCAUCUGUUACUUGAAGUUGCUGUGUAUGCGGAGUUCUCCUAUGAGGUUUUUGGCUUUUGUUUGGAUAUGGGCACAAGUUUAAUCAGCUUGUGCGUUCCCUACGUCCUACUUGCGCUGAAGUCUUAUCUGUUCUACCUGUGUUGUAGCAGGGAUCCAGGCACAUUGACAAAGGAAAACCAUAACGCACAAUUGAAGGUGUACCAGUAUGAUGAAAAACUGUUCCAUAAGGGAAUUAGAUGUUCGACCUGUGACCUGGUGAAACCGGCCCGUUCCAAACAUUGUAGAGUUUGCAACCGCUGUGUCCAGAGGUUCGACCACCACUGUGUGUGGGUGAAUAACUGCAUCGGUGCUCAGAACACUAGGUACUUCCUACUGUACCUCAUGAGUGUAUGUGCAAUUGCAGCUGAUAUUGCAGUCCUUAUAGCAGAUAUGUUGCUCCAAACUGUUGUGAGAUCUGGACUCCUUCAUGCUCACUACAUUGAUGAGCAGGGUCAGCAACAACCUGCUGGGUUGCUCUUUAUUAUUCAGCAUCUGUUUCUGACCUUCCCAAGGAUUGUCUUCAUGCUGGGGUUCUUGGUAUUCGUCUUUUUCCUUUUGGCAGGUUAUUCAAUGUUCCACACGUAUCUGGCUUUGAUAAAUCAAACCUCUAAUGAGUGGUUUAAGGGAAAAGGCCACAGUUGUCAGCAUUGCUAUCCUUACUCUGGACACAGUUGCAGGACUUCAUACAAUCUGUUUAGAGGUUUCUAUCACAGGGGAAUACUCAAAAAUCUUGGAGAAAUCUUUUGGCCUUUAUGUCCUGUUAUGAAAAAAGACAAUUAAGAAAAUCACGUGGUCCUCUUUUUAAGUGUGUAUUUGUAUUUCUCUGUGUUGUAUUUUGGUAAAUGGGAUUUUUUAAAAUAAAUAUUUUAUUGCAAUGUG